AUGCACAAGAAGCCCAUAUCUUUUGGUAAAAUCAGCCUUAAAGCUAGCAAAACAGAUGAAAACAAGGACAAAAAUGAGGCCAACACAUCAGGUUUCGGUACUUUCGGCCGUACACCUAUUCAGGAACACAAGGAAAUCGAAGAAAUAGCUGAAGACUUAGAAAAUCAACACGUUCAGCAAGUGAUGGGAAUAAAAAAUUUUGGGAAAAAAGCUAAGAACUUUGACCUCGUCGAACUAGUGGAACAGGCAAAGGUAAACGCUCAGGAGGCCAAUAAAAGGAGGUUGGAGGCUGAAGCUUCUAAGCCUAAGGAACCAGAGAUAAAAAAAGAUGAACAAAGCGAUGAUGACUUGAUAGGGCCGCCAUUACCUCCAGGGAUGUCACAAAAUGAUAAUGAUGAUGAUGAUCUCAUAGGCCCGCCAAUACCACCAGACCUGAUGAACAAGGAUGACAAAAGAAAGAGCAAACGUGAUGGUGAUGGUGAUGAAGACAGCUAUGAUGAGCUAAGUGGUUCUGAUGAUGAGGACUUGCCAUUGGAGAAGAGGAUACCUAAUAGCCAUGAGGUGGAAAUGCUACAUGGUACUAAAGCAGUGGUUGCGCUGGCUGCAGACCCCUCAGGUAUGGACUCAGGAAUGCGAUCAUUCCGCACUCUACAGCCGUGUGAGAACCACCCCAUCAAGGCACUACAGUACUCUAAUACGGGAGACUCCAUACUAGUAGUGAGCGGCGCUGCUCAGGCCAAGGUGCUGGACAGAGACGGCUUUGAAGUGCUUGAAACUAAAGGCCACACAGCAGCUCUAAACAGUGGUUGUUGGCAUCCGCACAUACGCGAGGAGUUCAUGACAUGUUCCCAAGAUGGUACACUACGACUCUGGCUCACUGAGAACCCUAAACAGCACAAAGCAGUCAUAAAACCCAGACAGCAAGGAGGUUUGAAAACCAACCCAACUGCUUGUACAUUCUCCAGGGACGGGAACACAGUCGCUUGCGCUUGCUACGACGGUUCCAUUCAAAUGUGGGACCAUAGGAAGAACUUUGUUAAUACCACAGCCUGCGUCAGAGACUGCCAUCAGAAACAAUCAGAAAUAUCCAGCAUUUCAUACUCCUACCUCGGUUCCUACUUAGCUAGUAGAGGCAAUGACGAUACUCUUAAAAUCUGGGACCUUAGAAACUUCAGAAAACCCGUGAACGUUUUUGGAGAUCUAUUUUCAAGGUAUGAGCAAACUGACUGCGCGUUCAGUCCAGAUGAUAGUCUGGUGUUCACGGGAGAGUCUCUAAAGAAGGGUCAGGAUAUAGGAAGACUAAUAUUUUACAAUACAAAGACGUUUGAACAAGUUUCGCAUAUAGAUGUGACGAAAUCUCACGUGAUAAAGGCGAUUUGGCACGCGAAACUUAACCAGAUAUUUGUCGGUUGCGGUAAUGGAGUUGUGAAGUGCUACUUUGAUCAGAAAAGGAGUUUACGAGGUGCGAAGCUCUGCAUAGUGAAGACUCAUAGGAAGAAGCAUUCGGUAGAAGUUGUGAGCGCUCAGCAGAUUAUCACUCCUCACGCUUUACCGUUAUUCAGACAAGAGAAGUUAAGAACUAGCAAGAAGAAAAUGGAGAAAGAUAGAUUGGACCCGGUCAAGUCACACCGGCCUGAUCUACCCAUCACAUCAGGUCAGGGUGGUAGGGUAGCGGCUUCAGGAAGCACCCUAAGCUCCUUCGUCAUCAGGAACCUGGGUCUAAGUAAGAGAGUUGAUGAUGAACAGGAUCCAAGAGAGGCUAUCUUGAAAUAUGCGAAGGAAGCUGAAGAGAAUCCGUUCUGGGUGGCUCCAGCUUAUAAGAAAACCCAACCACAACCUAUAUUCCAGGCUGGAAAUGAAGAGGAAGGACCUUCUGACCCGAAGAAACCAAAAACAUCUUAA